AUGGCUUCCCUCGACAUCGACGAAGUUCGCGCUUGCUUUCCGUCCCUGGAAUCAGGGUAUAUCUACGCCGAUAAUGCAGGAGGAUCACAGACCGCUCAAGGAGUGAUCGAUCGCAUUGUAGAUUAUCUGACCAACACCAACGUACAGUUGGGAGCUGACUAUUUUGUCAGCGUGCUGAGUACCAAGCGCGUGGACGAGGGCCCUUUUGCCAUUGCAGAGUUGUUCAAUGCUGCUUCCAUCGACGAGAUCGUGUUUGGACCGAGUUCGACGAUGAUGUUGGAGAACAUCGCUAGAGCGCUCGAAAAUGAUAUUCAACCCGGAGAUGAAUUUAUCAUUACCUAUGAACAUGAAGCAAACAACGGUCCUUGGAAGCGUCUGGCUGAGCGGCGCAAUGCCGUAGUCAAAUACUGGCAACCUACGCCAGUAUCUGCGGAAAACCCUUACUCAGUUGCAUACAAAGUCAAAGAACUGUUGCAACUGGUUUCUUCGCGGACCAGGCUGGCCGCCAUUACCGCAUGUUCCAAUAUCUUGGGAUCGUUGGUUCCUGUAGAAGAAGCGGUGAAGGCACUUCGCCAGCGUGCAAAAGAACAGGGCGCAAGAAAGGUUGAAGUGUGUGUAGAUUGUGUUGCACAUGCACCACAUAGAAAAAUGGACGUACGACAGUGGGAUGUUGAUUACUGCGUGUUUUCUUUGUACAAGGUGUACGGGGCUCAUAAUGCUGCUGUUUACGUGCGGCCGGCGGCUAUGCAGACAUCUCUUACGUCCCUCGCACAUAAUUUCCUGAAGGUGGACGACAAGCCAUAUAAGUUGCAACCAGGUGGUCCAGGCUACGAGCUAGUAUAUGGUGCAACGGCAAUCGUGCCAUAUCUCAAACCACGAGCAAAACCUUCUGGCCCCUUUACUCGGCUUUUUGACGGACUGCAAGACAAGUUGACAGAGGUGUACGCAUUGUGGGGAACAAGCGAGAUUAAUCUCUCAAGAGUUCCUACUGUCAGCUUUGUUGUCGUCGGACAGAACGCGAUCAAGAGCAAGGAUAUCGUAGGAGCGUUUGACAAAAAGGGAGGGAUCGGAAUUCGAUACGGCCACUUUUACGCGUAUUCUCUCAUUGACAAUCUACGGCCAAAACUAGACGUGAAUGAUGGAGUCGUCCGCAUCUCACUUGUCCACUAUAACACCGUCGAGGAAGUGGAGAAGAUCGUGGACGUUUUGAGGGAAGUUUUGGCUUGA